GUGACAGCAUACGUGGUGGAGCGCAACGGGUGUUUCGAUGUGUUGCUCGACGUGGCUGCUGCCGACAUGCAGUGCCGCCACGACCUGCCGCUCUGCAUCCACUGGGGCAUAUUCCGCUCGGAUCGCUCCACGUGGUUCCUCCUGAACGACUCGCAGACACCACCGGGGACCGUGUUCUUGAGGGGAAAGACCGACGCCAUGCGCACAGUCCUGCAGGACGACGCCACGCCCGGGCACCGCUCGCUGGUGCUCUCGUUUGACGCGGAGCUCGCCCCCUUCUCCCUCAACCUCGUGCUUUUCCAGCCGCUCGCUGGCAUGGCCGGUAGCGGCAUCGGAGACAAAUCGCUGGAAGGGCUCUGGCUCAGUGCCAUCGGCGACAAGUCUCUGGACGGGGUGUGGCUCAGGAACUCGCGGCAGAUGGAUCUGUGUGUGCCCAUCGGCAUGGGGCGUGGCAGCGGCAGCCCACCACUGCAUGCCGUUCGCCUGCCUGCUCAUACCUCCAACCCCCCCUCUCUUCCACCACCGCGUGCUCCUCCACCCCCCCUCAUCAGGAACUCGCGGCAGAUGGAUCUGUGUGUGCCCAUCGGCAUGGGCCGCGGCAGUGCCAGCCCGCUGGGAGCCACGGCCAAUGCGGACGGGUCGGUGAACUUUGCGCUCUACUCGCGAUAUGCCGAGGGCGUUGUGCUCUGCCUCUACCUUCCUGACGAUGCUGAACCCACGCUGGAGAUCGAUCUGGAGCCGUCCAUUCACCGCACGGGGGACGUGUGGCACGUCAGCAUUGACGCUGCUGACGUCAGCAGCUUCACUCGCUACGGGUACCGGGUGCAGGGCGACCCUGACUGGGAGGGUGGCAACCGCUUCCACUCUCGCCUUGUGCUCAUGGACCCCUACGCCAAGGAGAUGGCUGCCCACGUGCCCGGCCAAGAGGACCUGCCGUCGCCAGCAGCGGCGUUGGCAGUCAUUCCCACCAUGCAAGAGCCCCCUUUUGACUGGCAGGACGACUUCCCCCCCAAUUUCUUCGCCCCUAUGCCCUCGUAUGGGUCUACUGAGUCUCUCAAGCUGUUAGUGCGCGAGCUGCACGCGAGGGGAGUGGAGGUGCACGUGGAGGUGGUGGUGAGCCACACGGCGGAGGGCAGCGAUGAGAAUCCCAAGCCCAUCUCCUUCCGCGGCAUCGACAACCGCGCCUACUACAUCGUUGACGCCUAUGGCAAGCAGGUGGUGCCCGAGUAUGGAUCUCCCAACGCCUUCAACUGCAACAGCCCUGUGGCACUCAACCUGAUAGUCGACGCCUUACAUCACUGGGUGGAGGAGUACCACGUGGAUGGUUUCUCCUUCAUCAACGCAUCAGCCCUCACCACGGGGCCGCACGCGCAGCCGCUGUCCCGCCCGCCCCUCGUGGAGGCCCUGGCCUUCGACCCGCUGCUGGCUGCCGUGAAGCUCGUCGCCGACGCUGCCAUGCCGCUGCUGUCUGCUCAGAAGGCCUUUGCAUUCCCCCACUGGAAGCGGUGGCAGGAGAUGAACAGUGCUUUCUGCUUCGACAUCCGCAGAUUUGUUUCCGGGCAGCCAGGGCAGAUCAGCGGCCUGGCAACCCGGCUGUGCGGCAGUGGCGACCUGUUCUUCUCAGGGAGGGGUCCAGCGUUCGCCUUCAACUACAUCACCUCAUUCCAGGGGCUCACUCUGGCGGACCUCGUCAGCUACACCGUGGAGUCGGAGGCCAGCUGGAACUGUGGUGUGGAGGGAGUGAGCGCGGAUGAGGGGGUCACGAGGACACGGCUGAAGCAGGUGCGCAACCACCUGGCUGUACUCUUCCUCUCGCUGGGUGUGCCGGUGCUGACAGCUGGCGACGAGUACGGCCACUCCAAGGCCGCACAGCUGGCAGCAGAUUACUCCGAGUCCCCCUUUCUCUGGAGCGCCCUGCGUACGGAUCUGGGAGUGCAGCUCUCUCGCUUCAUUGCCUCUCUUGCCAACUUCCGCCGCCGCCGCACGCUGCUGCUGCAGCGCAAGGACUUUUAUUUCGGGGAGGACAUAGUGUGGCACGGCGCGUUCCCCAACCAGCCCGAAUGGGACAACCCAAACUGCUGCUUCCUAGCCUGCACCAUUCACAGUGCCGGCAUUGAGGCAUCGGCUAAAGAGGCAGCAGAGGAGGCAGGAGUGCCGGUUACCACUGCUGCCCCGGCUGUAACACCCAGCAUGCCGGUUGGCGAUCUCUACUUCGCCUUCAACGCGCAUGCGAAUGAGAUGAUUGUGGAGCUGCCUGCCCCGCCUGUUGGCAUGAUGUGGCACCUUGUUCUGGACACGGCCAAGGACUAUCCGGCUGACACCACAGAGCUACCGGCCCAAGGCAUGCCUCCAUCCAUCGCUGGGAGAGUAUCAUCACCAUAUUAUAUGGAGGCAUUUUCAGUGAUAGCUUUGGAAGCUCGUGGCCCGCCUUCCUUCGCACCUCGUAUGUGA